AUGGCCAACAGCCCUCACGGUGGUGUCCUGAAGGACCUUCUUGCCCGCGAUGCUCCCCGCCACGACCAGUUGGCCGCGGAGGCGGAGAGCCUGCCCGCCAUCGUCCUCUCCGAGCGUCAGCUGUGCGAUCUUGAACUGAUCAUGAACGGUGGCUUCAGUCCUCUGGAGGGCUUCAUGAACCAGAAGGAUUUCGACGGUGUCUGUGAGAACUGCCGUCUUGCCGAUGGCAACCUUUUCUCCAUGCCCAUUACCCUUGAUGCCUCCCAACAGGUCAUCAACGAGCUCAAGCUGCAGGCUGGCUCUCGCGUCACUCUCCGCGACUUCCGUGAUGACCGCAACCUGGCCAUCCUGACCAUCGAUGAUAUCUACCGUGCUGACAAGGAGAAGGAAGCCAAGCUGGUCUUUGGCGGUGAUCCUGAGCACCCUGCCAUCAAGUACCUCAACACCAAGGUCGAGGAAUUCUACAUUGGUGGAAAGAUCGAGGCUGUCAACAAGCUGAACCACUACGACUAUGUUGCCCUGCGCUACACCCCCGCAGAGCUGCGCAUCCACUUUGACAAGCUCGGCUGGUCCCGAGUUGUCGCUUUCCAGACCAGAAACCCCAUGCACAGAGCUCACCGUGAGCUGACCGUCCGUGCGGCUCGUGCUCGCGCGGCUAAUGUCCUGAUCCACCCCGUUGUCGGUCUCACCAAGCCCGGUGACAUUGACCACUUCACCCGUGUCCGUGCUUACCAGGCCCUCUUGCCCCGCUACCCCAACGGAAUGGCCGUCCUUGGUCUGCUCGGCCUUGCCAUGCGUAUGGGUGGUCCCCGUGAGGCCAUCUGGCACGCCAUCAUCCGUAAGAACCACGGUGCUACCCACUUCAUCGUUGGCCGUGACCACGCCGGUCCCGGUAAGAAUUCCAAGGGCGAGGAGUUCUACGGCCCUUACGACGCUCAGCACGCCGUCGAGAAGUACAAGGACGAGCUGGGUAUUGAGGUUGUCGAGUUCCAGCAGGUCACCUACCUGCCCGACACCGAUGAGUACAAGCCUAAGGAUGAGGUUCCUGCCGGUGUGAAGACUCUGGACAUCUCCGGUACCGAACUGCGCAACCGCCUCCGCACCGGUGCCCACAUCCCCGAGUGGUUCUCUUACCCCGAAGUUGUUAAGAUCCUGCGUGAAUCCAGCCCCCCUCGCCACACCCAGGGUUUCACCGUCUUCCUUACCGGUUACCAGAACUCCGGCAAGGACGCCAUCGCUCGUGCUCUGCAGGUCACCCUGAACCAGCAGGGCGGUCGUGCUGUCUCUCUCCUCCUCGGUGACACUGUCCGCCACGAGCUCUCUUCCGAGCUGGGCUUCAGCCGUGAGGACCGCCACACCAACAUUCAGCGUAUCGCCUUCGUUGCCAGCGAGCUGACCAAGGCCGGUGCUGCUGUCAUCGCUGCCCCCAUUGCCCCCUACGAGCACUCUCGGAAGGCCGCUCGUGAGGCCGUGUCCCAGCACGGUUCCUUCUUCCUGGUCCACGUCAACACUCCUCUGGAGUACUGUGAGAAGACCGACAAGCGCGGUAUCUACGCCAAGGCCCGUGCCGGUGAGAUCAAGGGCUUCACUGGUGUUGAUGACCCUUAUGAGGCUCCUGAGAACGCUCACCUCACUGUCGAUGUCUCCAAGCAGUCUGUUCGCAGCAUUGUCCACGAGAUCAUCCUCUUGCUUGAGACUGAGGGUUUCUUUGACCGUGCUUAG